GCACAAGGAGUGCGAUAGCUGCUCAAUUUUAGAGGAAAUGAUGAUCAUAUCAUUGGAGUGCGAGUUGGCACUGUCCUGACGUGCGACUUGCUGAUUUGCACUUGAAUUUGACACCCCCAAGUUUGCUGUCAAGGUUGAGGGCCAGAGCUCCUUGGUGCUUCCCGUACCUUCCGACUCGCAGCGCAUGAGCCUUUCGCUUGCUUUGUACAGAUAUUUUAGUGUUUACUACAAGAAAAUGGCGCAGAGACGUGCUGCUGCGGGCGGCAAGCAAGUUGCCGUGGAGCUGAUCUACCUUGGAAUUAGCUUAGUCGGCAGUGCCUUUUUAAUGCGAUGGGUGCUGUCGCAUCUAGACCCUGAGAAGGCCAACAAGGAACAGGCGAAGAGGCGCAGGCAAAUGGUGCAGAGACGACUCGGCAUCAAGCUAGAGACGACGCCCUAUGAAGAUAUUGUUGCCUCAGAGGUGGUCAACCCAUACGAAAUCGACGUCACCCUUUCACAGAUUGGUGGCUGCGAACGCAUCAAGCAGGACCUGGUGAACAGGGUCAUCCUACCGCUGCAGAAGCCGCAUUUCUAUGGCGGCCGGCUCCUGAGGCAGGUCAAGGGAGUCCUGCUGUAUGGACCUCCUGGCACCGGCAAGACCAUGCUCGCAAAGGCUCUGGCGAAGGAGUCGGGCGCCAACUUCAUAUGCGUGAAGCCAAGCCUGCUGCAGAGCAAGUGGUACGGCGAGACCCAGAAGCUGGUUCAGGCCACCUUCACACUCGCCUACAAGCUGCAGCCCUGUAUCAUCUUCGUGGACGAGGUGGAUGCGCUGCUGGGCAUGCGCAAGGCGCAGGAGCACGAGGCGACGACGGCGCUCAAGACGGAGUUCAUGCAGCUCUGGGACGGAAUGGCCACGCGCCGCGCUGCCAACGUCUGCGUCCUAGCCGCGACGAACCGCCCCUUCGACCUCGACGAAGCCAUCCUGCGCCGGUUUGGCGCGCAGUUUGAGGUGGGCAUGCCGAAUCAGAGCGCGCGCAAAGAAAUCCUGCGCAUCAUCCUGAAGCAGCACGACCGCGAAAUGCCCCACUGCGUCGACCCCAGCCUCCUUCAGGACAAUGCGCUGGCCCGGCUGGCGGCCAAGACGGAGCAGUUCAGCGGCAGCGAUUUGUAUGAGCUCUGCGCGGCGGCCGCCUCCAUCCCUGCCAAUGAGCUCAGUCAAGCCGAGCUGCGGUGA